GUUAAAAAAAAGUAGAGUAUAAAAAUAGCAGUAAAUAGUUAUAAAUAUAGAGAGAGCAUGGUGAUGGUGGAUCUCCUCUCUCCUUCUUCUCUCUCUUUUCUUCUGUGUCAUCACACUCAUCACCAUCUCGCACCACCACGCUGCUAGUGUAAGUGCGUGGGGUGAGCUUGGUGUCCUUGUCGUUGUGUCCUCUCUCUCUCUCUCUCUCUCUCUUUGUCUCUCUACGUCAAGUUCCGUUGCUUUCUUUUGCUGCUGCGGACUGUUCUUUCUCUCUCUCUCUAUACCUACCUGUAUUUCUCUCGGUGUUUUGCAGUGCUGCCUUGGCAAUCCCCACCGGCUCGCCAGACGAUAUUUCCGGGGAAAAUAACAAAAACCCAGAUUAUAUUUAUAUAUCAAUCAAUCAAUUCUCUCUCUGCGACUUGUCACCGUUUUGGCGCAAUCGACAGAAUUUUUCAUCGCCAGAUGGUGGAAUGCCCAUUACACCAACUGAUCUCUAUUAUUAUAUACUCACCCGGCUGCUACUUAUACUCAUUGAUUCUCACCCUUUCUCCUUGCAUUGAUACUAUCUAGAAUGGGAAUUGAUGUGGCCUUGUUCACUGCUAAAAUCUCUAACCAGGAGCCACUCCUUUCUAUUGUCCUCACUGGCAAUCAUAGCCUGCCUGUGCUCGAGCUAGCCUCAAUUUGCAUCCACUUGACAUUGUUUCUUGUGUUCAUCUCAGUUGUGUCUGCGAGACAGAUAUGCUUGUGCUUUGGCCGAAUUCGGGUCAGCAAGGAGAAUUCAAAUGCACAGGCAAAUUUAGGUGCAGAACCGGUUCCAGUUCUGGGAAGAGUUGAUGUGGAAAUUCGGAGGGUUGAGGUCAAUAAAAGCUACAAGUUUUCUAUUUUGUGUUGCUUCUAUGUGCUGUUCCUGUGCAUUGUUUUAUUGGGAUAUGAUGGGGUUGGUCUGAUAAGGCAGGCUGCACACAAGGAGAAUGUGAAUUGGACCUUUAUACUUUUACCUGCAGCCCAGAGUUUGGCUUGGUUUGUGUUGAGCUUUUCGGCAAUCUACUGCAAAUUCAGGGCAGCUGAGAAGUUCAACUUGCUUAUGAGGGUAUGGUGGAUACUAUCUUUUUUGAUUUGUUUGUGUAGUUUGUAUGUUGAUAUUAGAGGGCUUGUAUCUGAUGGGUCAGCAGACUUAAGUUCUCAUGUCUUGGCAAAUUUUGCUGAAACACCUGCCCUUGCCUUCCUUUGUUUCGUUGCCUUUAAAGGUGACAGUGGUGUACAAGUAUACAGGAACUCUGAUGCUGAAGAGCCGUUGCUGGCCCAAGGAGAACCCGAGUGUCUCAAAGUUACUCCUUACAGUAACGCUGGUUUCUUCAGUUUGGCCACUCUUUCCUGGCUAAACCCCCUUCUUUCUGCUGGUGCUAAGAGACCACUUGAGCUGAAAGACAUUCCGCUUCUUGCACAAAAAGAUCGUUCCAAGACCAACUAUAAGUUACUUAAUUCAAACUGGGAGAAGUUGAAAGCUGAAAACCCUUCUAGACAACCUUGUUUAGCUUGGGCUAUUCUCAAAUCUUUCUGGAGGGAGGCUGCCUGCAAUGCGAUUUUUGCAGCUCUGAAUACUCUAGUUUCAUAUGUGGGUCCAUACAUGAUUAGCUACUUUGUAGACUACUUAGCUGGGGUUGAAACAUUUCCCCAUGAAGGGUACAUUCUGACUGGAAUUUUCUUUGUAGCAAAGUUGAUAGAGACAUUGACAACCAGGCAAUGGUAUCUUGGGGUUGACAUUUUGGGCAUGCAUGUUAGAUCUGCUCUCACUGCAAUGGUAUACCGCAAAGGACUCAAGCUCUCAAGCUCUGCCAGACAAAGCCACACCACAGGGGAGAUGGUGAAUUACAUGGCGGUUGAUGUUCAGAGAGUAGGAGACUAUUCUUGGUACCUUCAUGAUAUAUGGAUGCUGCCUCUUCAAAUCAUCCUUGCUCUUGCAAUUCUAUAUAAGAAUGUUGGAAUUGCAUCUGUUGCGACACUAAUUGCAACUGUUAUAUCCAUUGUUGCAACAAUCCCAUUAGCACGGAUUCAGGAAGACUAUCAAGACAAAUUAAUGGCUGCUAAAGAUGAUAGAAUGAGAAAGACUUCUGAAUGCCUUAGGAACAUGCGGAUUCUCAAGUUGCAAGCUUGGGAGGAUAGGUACCGAAUUAUGUUGGAGGAAAUGCGCAGUGUGGAAUACAAAUAUUUGCGUAAAGCUCUUUAUACACAAGCAUUAGUUACUUUUAUUUUUUGGAGCUCUCCAAUAUUUGUUUCAGCCAUCACUUUUGGCACCUGCAUAUUGUUGGGAGGUACGCUUACAGCAGGAAGUGUUCUUUCUGCUUUGGCAACAUUCAGGAUCCUUCAGGAACCACUCAGAAAUUUCCCCGACCUGGUUUCAAUGAUGGCUCAGACAAAAGUAUCCCUUGAUCGAAUAUCUGGAUUUCUACUGGAGGAAGAGUUGCAGGGAGAUGCAACUGUUGUGCUGCCUCGUGGCACCUCAAAUGUGGCUAUAGAAAUUAAGGACUCUGACUUUUGCUGGGAUGCAUCUUCUAUGAGGCCAACAUUGUCAGGCAUACAAUUAAGAGUUGAACGAGGAAUGCGUGUAGCUGUCUGUGGCAUGGUGGGCUCUGGGAAGUCAAGCUUCCUUUCUUGCAUCCUUGGUGAAAUUCCCAAAGUCACUGGCGAAGUUCGAGUAUGUGGAACUUCUGCUUAUGUCUCUCAGUCAGCUUGGAUACAAUCUGGAACAAUAGAAGAAAACAUUCUCUUUGGCAGCCCAAUGGAUAAAUCAAAGUACAAGAGUGUGAUCCAUGCUUGCUCGCUGAAAAAGGACUUGGAGCUUUUCUCACAUGGCGACCAGACUAUUAUUGGUGAUAGAGGCAUAAAUCUUAGCGGUGGUCAGAAGCAAAGGGUGCAACUAGCCAGGGCACUCUAUCAGGACGCAGACAUAUAUUUGCUGGACGAUCCCUUUAGUGCUGUUGAUGCACAUACAGGCUCUGAAUUAUUCAAGGAGUACAUAAUAACAGCUCUAGCCACGAAAACUGUUGUUUUUGUAACUCAUCAGGUUGAAUUUUUGCCUGCUGCUGAUUUAAUAUUGGUUCUUAAGGAAGGUCGUAUCAUUCAAUGUGGCAAGUAUGAUGACCUUCUUGAAGCAGGAACUGAUUUCAGAACUCUGGUUUCAGCUCAUCAUGAAGCAAUUGAAGCUAUGGACCUUUCUAGUUCUGAAGAACCAGACCAGCAUCAUCCUCUUGAUGGCUCUGUUCUAAUGAGUAAAAAAUGUGAAUCAAUUGGAGCUAAUAUUGAUAGUCUGGGAAACGAAGUGCAAGAAUGCGGAUCUGCUGCUGAGCAGAAAGCAAUCAAAGAGAAAAAGAAAGCUAAACGUUCUAAGAAAAAGCAGCUUGUUCAGGAAGAGGAACGUGAGAGAGGAAGGGUUAGCAUGAAAGUUUAUCUAUCAUAUAUGGGAGCUGCAUAUAAGGGUUUGCUCAUUCCUCUUAUCAUUAUUGCACAAACAUUAUUUCAAGUUCUUCAGAUAGCUAGUAACUGGUGGAUGGCUUGGGCAAAUCCACAAACCCCAGGGGAUGAAGCAAGAACAAGUAGUUUGGUUCUUAUUCUUGUUUAUAUGGCCCUUGCCUUUGGGAGCUCGUGGUUUAUAUUUAUUAGAGCUGUUCUGGUUGCUACUUUUGGUCUGGCUGCGGCACAGAAGUUGUUUCUGAAAAUGCUGAGAACAGUUUUUCGCUCACCAAUGUCUUUCUUUGACUCCACUCCAGCAGGGCGUAUCUUAAAUCGUGUGUCUGUUGAUCAAAGUGUUAUUGAUCUCGAUAUUCCGUUCAGACUCGGUGGCUUUGCUUCAACAACAAUCCAGCUGAUUGGUAUCGUUGGUGUCAUGACAGAAGUCACCUGGCAAAUUUUGCUUCUUGUUAUCCCAAUGGCAAUAGCUUGCCUAUGGAUGCAGAAAUACUAUAUGGCUUCCUCAAGGGAACUGGUUCGCAUUGUCAGCAUCCAAAAAUCUCCAAUUAUCCAUCUCUUUGGUGAGUCAAUAGCUGGAGCUGCCACAAUCAGAGGUUUUGGGCAAGAGAAAAGAUUUAUGAAAAGAAAUCUCUAUCUUCUUGAUUGUUUCACACGUCCAUUCUUCUGCAGUAUAGCUGCUAUAGAAUGGCUCUGCCUACGCAUGGAGUUGCUUUCAACAUUUGUCUUUGCUUUCUGUAUGGUUUUGCUUGUGAGUUUUCCCCAUGGAAGUAUAGAUCCAAGUAUGGCAGGCCUUGCUGUGACAUAUGGCCUAAACUUGAAUGCACGUUUAUCGCGGUGGAUACUUAGCUUUUGCAAGCUUGAAAACAAAAUUAUUUCUAUAGAAAGGAUUCACCAAUACUGUCAAAUCCCUAGUGAGGCACCUGUGGUUAUUGAAGAUUCUCGUCCCCCGUCAUCAUGGCCAGAAGAAGGAACUAUUGAACUCUUUGAUUUAAAGGUUCGGUAUAAGGAGAAUCUUCCUAUUGUGCUCCAUGGCGUAACGUGCAGAUUUCCAGGUGGGAACAAAAUUGGAAUUGUUGGCCGAACAGGAAGUGGAAAAUCUACUCUGAUUCAGGCCCUAUUCCGAUUGGUUGAACCUGCUGAAGGAAGAAUAGUUAUAGACAAUAUUGACAUUUCAAGCAUUGGCUUGCAUGAUCUUCGUGGUCGUUUGAGUAUUAUUCCCCAAGAUCCAACAUUAUUCGAAGGGACCAUUAGAGGCAACCUUGACCCCCUUGAAGAACAUACAGAUGAAGAAAUAUGGCAGGCGUUGGACAAGUCCCAGCUUGGAGAUAUAGUUCGAGAGAAAGAGCAAAAACUGGAUACCCCAGUGUUAGAAAACGGAGACAAUUGGAGCGUAGGGCAGCGGCAGCUUGUAUCUCUCGGGCGGGCGUUACUGAAACAAGCGAGGAUCUUGGUGCUGGACGAAGCAACAGCCUCGGUUGAUUCAGCAACAGAUAACCUAAUCCAGAAGAUCAUUAGAACAGAGUUCGAGGACUGCACCGUCUGUACGAUUGCACACCGGAUCCCUACUGUAAUUGAUAGUGACCUUGUAUUGGUCCUCAGUGAUGGUCGAAUUGCCGAGUUUGAUACUCCAGCUCGACUAUUAGAGGACAAGUCGUCGAUGUUUCUUAAGUUGGUGUCGGAGUACUCUUCAAGAUCAAGCCCCAUUCCUCCUGAUCUUUGAUCUUUCAUCUAAGGUCACACACUUCACACAGAGGGAAAAUUGGUUGUAUUUGUCAUCAUGGGGGGAAAUGGGAAUAAGAUGGGCCUUUGUUUUUUUUACUUUUACUUUUGCUUGACACGUUUGUUAGUAGUAAGUAAGAAGUAAGAAUAGAACAGACGGUAAAUUUUGUAGUGUCACAAAGCCAAGGCUGCUUUUCUUUUCAACUACCGCCCCAUUUCGUUUUC